AUGGAGUCCCAAGGCCAGGACCUCACCACCUGGGACACCAGGAACAGAAGACCCACCCUCUUCUACCACAAUCAAGGAGGCGGGGCUGCUGGACCACCAUCACUUCCUGCAAGGAAGGAGGAGCCUGCUUUUACAUACGAGAGCGUCUAUCACAGGCCUUGCCUGGCCAGGAAGAAGGCCAUUUGCGACUUUCGGGUGAGGUGGCCAGAACUGGUUCUCCUAGCCCAGAAGAAAAAGGAGGAGGGUCUCCCCCUAAUUGGUCAAAGCCUCUCUGACAGACAGGUCCAUGAGGCCAGUGCCUGCUCCUCAGAGGUCAGCAUCAGCAACCUAGACCUGGAGAGUAGUCCCAGUGAGGGCCUGGACUCCACAGGAGGGUCUGCUGUGAGCUCCCAGCCCCCACAUACAGAGUCUGCUCACAUGACCAUUCUCAACAGCUAUCUGAGGCCAGAGUCCAUGACCCGGCUGGAGAAGAGGGUGAGGAGGAAGACAGUGGUGGCCAUGAAUGACCUGGGACAGGAGAUAGAGGCUGUUAAGAGCCGGCGGUCAGUACUGAUGAUGGACAUCAAGGAACUGAAGAAGGAGAUGGCCUGGGAAGAAACAGAAACCAAGCCCUUCCUGGAGCGCCUGAGGCAGAAGGAGGAGGAGAGCCAGAGGAAGUAUGACUCCCUGUGGAAAGAUUACAUCCAGCAGUGUCAGGAGGUCAAGGACAGGAGGCAAGAACUGGUCUCUGCCUUCGCCUCCCGCACAACCAACCUCCAGAAGCAGCUGCUGCGGAGCAGGAAGAUGGAGGUUGGCUUCAGGAGGAAGCUGAAGGCCCUGAGGCCUGUAGCACAGGUAAAGGAGAGCCAGGACCAAAAGAUCCAGGCCUUAGAGCAGGAGGAAGCCAGCAUAGUGGCCGACAUCCCCUUCAUGGACCGGGAGGCACACUUGCAAUUCCUGAAGGAUAAAGCUGCCCUGGAGAAGCAAGUGGAGGAGCUGAACCUGCUGGAGUCAGGCGAGGGCAUCACCAGGGAGCUGAAGAAGAAGGCCAAGGCCUUGGCAGCUGUGGCCAAGCAGGCUCACAAGGACUUCUGUCAGGGUAUCAACGCCGAGAACCGGUGCCUGCAAACACAGCUCCAGCAGCUGGAUCGGGAAUUCCGUGAGCUGGAAACCAGAAAGGAGGAGCUGGAACAGGGAAAGCAGCGGUGGAAAGAGCAGCAGUGGUACCUGGAGGCCCUGGCCCGGGGGCGGCAGCGCCUGCAGAGGCGGGAGUACGGCCCCCCCAAACCGCAGGCUGCUCCCCACCCAACCCAGGGCAGACUACUGGAGGCCAGGCCAAAAACCAAUCCCAAGUAAUGGCUGCCACGUCCCAGGAAGCAGGCCGGAGCUGAAGUUGGGGGUAGCACACAAGAAAUGAAGAUGCUAUCUAUCAGGAUAAAGCAAAGGGGACAGAAGUCCCAAGGGGAUGGAGGGCGGGGCUUCUCCGAGGGCGGAGGGGUCCUGGCCUGUCUCUCAGGCUUGGUCCCCUCACCCCAGCUGAAAGGUCUAUCCUAACCGACGGAAAGCUUCACAGCUUUCGGGAAACUUUGUCUUUAGACUCUGUCCCUUCCAUGACAACGCGUUCCCUGUUGUGGUGGAGACUCUGGUGCUCAACCCUGCUCAAGCGUGCACUUCAUGACAACAGGCGUGUUUGUAACCGGCACCUUCCACACAGCCCCCAUCUCUCAGUGGUAGGGCUGGUGUCUUAGGUGGGUGCUGGGAGCCAUUUGGGGAACGGGUUCUUUGCAUUUGUGCGUGGCUGAGGCUGGAUUGGUCUGCAGAGCUGUGGGUCGUGAUGUGGCGUACGGCCCUGGGUUUGGGCUGUGUGCACCUGCGUGCCAAAACAUACACAGCUCUCUCAG